AUGGCACCCAAGCGCUCCGCCGCCACGGCGUGGGGGUCCCCGUCCGACGCCUCCGACGCGGAGGGCGACGCGGGCCACCGCCACCGCGACCGCGACGACCCCCCCUCCGACACCGACCCCUCCAAGACCCCGCCGCCCAACCCUAACCCUAAGUCGUCCGCCGCCGCGCCCUCCUCCACCCCCUCCGUGGCGGCCGACUCCGCCGCCGCCGGAUCCGACUCCGGGGGCACCUACGACUCCGACGCCGAGGCGCACCGCCGCCCCGCCCCCAAGCCCGCCGCCUCGUCGCCCAAGCCCGGCGGCAAGCCCAGGGCGCGCUCCCCCGGCAUCAACUCCGACUCCUACAACUCCGAGGACUCUGACGCCGAGGCCGACCGCCGCCUCGCCCCCAAGGCCGCCGCCUCGUCGCCCAAGCCCGGCGGCAAGCCCAGGGCGCGCUCCCCCGGCAUCAACUCCGACUCCGAGGACUCCGCCGCGCCCGCGGCCUCCGACGCCGACCUCGACCCGGCCGCCGGCGCCGACUCUGAAGACGACAACGUCUCGCCGCUCCGCUCCGCGCGCCGCCCCCGCGCCGAGGCCUCCAUCAUCAAGCCCAUCAGCUCCCGCCCCAUGGACUCGCCGCCCCGCGGCAGCGCCUCUGCCUCCGAGCCGCGCGUCAAGCGCCCCCGCAGCGCCGCCAUAUCAGCUCCCUCUCCGGACCCGCUGAAGCGCCCGUCGCGGCUCUGGAGCCAUGGCGACGAGCUUCUCAUCCUGCGCGGCCUCGCCACAUACCGCGCCAAGAGCGGCGUGCUCCCUGGUUCCACCAAUGACAUCGGUAAGCUCCACAGCCACAUCCGUGCCCAGCUCAGUGUUAGGGUAUCCACCACGCAGCUCAGUGAUAAGGUCCGGCGCCUCAAGCAGAAGUACCAGUUGCUUGCCACCCGUGCCAAGAAUGGACGGGAGCAGGAAUUGCACACUCCGCAUGACCGCAGCAUCUAUGAGCAUGCCAAGAAGGUUUGGGGGUUGGUUGGUAGUGGUGGUGGUGAUGGAGGAGGCAGUGGGUAUGAGAAUUAUGGUGGUGGUGAUAGUGAUGAAUUGCAAUACAGUGGAGAUAGUGAUGAUGAUAUGGAGAGUCAGAGGGAUGACCGUUACCACAUCAAGAACCGGAAGGUGAGGCCGAUUACAGCGGCAAAUGGCAAUGGAAUUGGACUUGGGGCUGUCAAUGCCAAUGGCAGAGGGAAAAGCGGGCUUGAGAAGGGAAAGGAUGCAUAUCCCUACCUGUGGGAGACUGUCGAGGAGCUGUCCAAGGAGCAUCCGAGUGGUGCGGCAUUCAAGAAGGCAUUUGAGGUGCUCGAAGGAUCAAAAGUGCGAGCCAUUGAGGAAAAGCUGAGGAGGUUUAGGUUGAUGGAGAUCAGACAGCAGCUGCGUAGGAUGGACCUGAUGAAGGAGACGGUGAGGAUGGUGCUCGAUGCCCUUGAGAGUGCUGACUGA